UUUGUACAAAUCUCUAAACUAAAAAGAUGGUAAUUUAUAAAUUAACAUUAGAUACUGACGAAGAUAUUAAACAUUGAAAUGAAUAUAGAUUUUCAGUAAUAUACAUUAAUUUUAAAGUUUUACCAUCAUGUUUGAAUCAAGUGUUUUAAAUGGACUAACACGAUUAAGUAUUGAAAUUGGAAGUAGUAAAAGUCGAACUGAUGAUGAUUUUAUUGAUAGAAUUAAUCAUUCAUAUACAACAACUAUACUUAUGAUAUGUACACUUGUAAUAAUGGGUAGACAAUUUAUUGGUAAACCAAUAGCAUGUUGGACACCGAAUGAAUUUACUAGUGCACAAGUUGAAUAUGCUACAUUAGUAUGUUGGGUCACUUCAACUUAUUUUAUAUCACCUGAUCAACCAACAAUACCAUCAGAUUUACCGUUACGUAGAAAAGAUUCUAUACAUUAUUAUCAAUGGGUGCCAUUCUUGUUAAUGUUACAAGCUGCAAUGUUUUCAAUACCAUGUAUUAUAUGGCGUUUAUUCAACUGGCAAUCGCGUAUUCAUCUGUGGACUGUAAUGGACUUAGCUAGUAAAGCUGGUGAUCUUGAAGAAACACUACACUCUAGUGUAAAUCAUCUAGAAUACAUUGUUAAACAUUUAGAAGAUGCUCUUAUUAUUCGACAUCGAUAUAAACAAAGUCGUAAAAAUAACAGUUCCAUUUCAAUGGCACAAACAUCUGUAUCUAGUCCAGCUAAUACAAAUGAACAAAUAGUAAAUAAAGAUAAUUCCUGGUAUGCUAUACUUCCGCUUACAAUAAGCAAUAGAUCACGUAUUCCUGGUCCACGACCUUGUUCACCACAAUCAAGUAGUUAUCUUAAUGGAUUAUACUUAAUUAUUAAAGCACUUUAUGUUUUUAAUUCAACUGGACAAUUAUUUUUGUUGGCUAGGUUUUUAGGUCAAACAACAAUAUUUUUUGGACCACAAAUGUUAUUUGAUCUUAUAAUUGGUACACAAUGGUAUCAAAGUGGAAAUUUUCCACGUAUUUCAUUUUGUGAUUUAGAUAUGCGAAAAAUGGGAAAAAAUUUUCAUAGAUAUACAUUACAAUGUGUAUUGAGUAUUAAUAUGUUUAAUGAAAAAAUUUUCAUUUUUCUUUGGUUCUGGUUUAUUGGUAUCACUUUAAUAAAUAUACACAGCUUCUUACGUUGGUGUUGUAGAUCAACAUUUCAAAGUAGUCGAGUAUGUUUUAUUAGAAGUUUAUUAUUUAAUAAAAUCUCAAUGAAGAUAAACAAUAAUAAUAAUAAUAAAUCAGACUAUUCAUCAAAUAAUACUAAUUCAAAUCUAACACAAAAUUCUGAUUAUCAGUCGACAAGUCAACAAUCAACAACAAUACAAUUAGCUGAUUCAUUAUCUUCUGAAUGUUAUAAUGAACAACUAUCAAUAAUAGAUAAAAAAGCAUCAGCAUUUUUUACUGAACAUAUUUUAGGACAAGAUGGUGUAUUUGUAUUACGUUUAAUUGCAUUAAAUGUUGGUCAAUAUAUUGCAUCAAAAAUAGCUUGUCUUAUUUGGGAUCAUUACAGACUUGUAAAUACUACAUCAAAAUAUACACGUACAAUAAAAAGAACACAAGAAACAUCAACGACGAAAACGACGAUAAUGACCACCACCACCACCACAACAACAACAGCAGCAAAAUCAAAAACAACACAUACUUUAACUAGUAGUAUUAAACAAUUAUCGAAUAUUGUUCAAACUCCACCUAUUCCUGAAAGAAAAGAUAAAAUUAAACAUAAUAAAGAAAUAAAUCAAUCAACAUCUACUUUAAAUGAAUUAGAUAAUAUUAUAAGAAUUAGAACAAUCAAUGUAUCUAAUACAAUUGGACAAUAUUCACAAAGUUUACCAUCACAAUCAUCUAUAUAUAGUUUAAGAAAUUCUAUUAAUAAUCCCUAUGAUCAUUCUUCACAUUCUGAUAGAAAUUCUUCAAAUAAUUCAAGAAUUCAAAAUUUAAAUCAAACAAAUAAUUUUGUUUAAAAAUAUAUGCUACUUAUAAGUAACUUUCUGUAUUUUAUUAUAUACAUAUAAGUUUAUGAACAAACGUACAUAGAAAACACUAACAGAAUAUCUCUAUGGGUUUUAUUAUUGUGAUAUUUCAAUUACAUAAUUUCUUAUAUCUAUUAUUUAAAUAAUCAUUUAUUUUCCUAUUCAUUAAAUAUGCGUAAUAUUCUUGAAGUUAUUCAGUUUGAUUGUUAUUUUUGUCAGAAUAAGAGUUUAUGGGAAUUAUAGUAAUUUAAUAGUUGAAUUCAUGAGUCGAUUUAAGGUAAAUCACCUUGAAAAACCUGAAAACACUAGACAUUGGUUUUGUUUCAAUAUGAGACAUCAUUGGAUACCGGGUCAGUGGUUUAGAGUUUAAGCAUUCGUACAUGAAACACAAGAUUCUGGGUUUGAAUUCUACUUGCAAGAUUGUGGAUGCUCAUUGACGGGGAGUUCAAUAAUUAGGACGGAAUGGUGAUCCAGUGCUUUCAGGUUUUAUAGGGUAGUCUAGACUAAAUCAACUCAUAAAAUAAUUUCUUGAAUUAAUUAACAUUAGAUUUUUGUGACAUUUUGUUGUUGUUUUUUUUUGUAAAAUGAUUCAUAUGUACUGAAGAAUAAAUCAUUUUACCUGGUAAAUAUGAAAAUAAUAUCACUUAAUAACAAUAAUGGAGAAAUAAAGAAAAAAUAAAAUAGUUCAGAGGAUAAAUCACUUUUUGAUUAUUUCAUUAACGAAGAUUUACAAACGU